UGCCUGAUUUAUUCCGGUCCCAGAGGAGAAGGAGCGAGAAGUCGCAGGUCCAGACAACCCAGCACGUCCUCCGGCGCUCGCGCCCAGGCACCAUGCAGGACCCCCGUGUGCUGGCCGCGCUGUGCGGUGUGCUGCUCUGCGCCUCCGGCCUCUUCGCCGCUUCGGGUGACUUCUGCGACUCCAGCCAGUGCCUGAAUGGUGGGACAUGCUUGAUGGGCCAGGACAGCGCCCCCUUCUACUGCCUCUGCCCUGAGGGCUUCACAGGCCUCAUUUGCAACGAGACUGAGAAAGGUCCCUGUUCCCCAAACCCCUGCUUACACAACGCUGAGUGCCAGGUGAUUGACGAUGCGCACCGAGGAGAUGUCUUCACCCAGUACAUCUGCGAGUGCCCUCAGGGCUACGUGGGUGUCCACUGUGAAACCAGCUGUGCCAAGCCUCUGGGCAUGGAGGAGGGCGCCAUCGCCGACUUCCAGAUCUCUGCCUCUUCUGUGCAUUUGGGCUUCAUGGGUUUGCAGCGCUGGGCCCCAGAGCUGGCCCGCCUGCACCGCACGGGCAUCGUCAACGCCUGGACAGCUAGCAACUAUGACAGGAAGCCCUGGAUCCAGGUGAACCUGCUUCGGAAGAUGCGGGUGACAGGUGUGGUGACGCAGGGUGCCAGCCGUGCGGGUAGCGCCGAGUACCUGAAGACCUUCAAGGUGGCCCACAGCCUUGAUGGACGCAAGUUCCAGUUCAUCCAGGAUGAAGAGGCGUCUGGAGACAAGGUGUUUGUGGGAAAUGUGGACAACAGUGGCCUGAAGAUCAACCUGUUCAGCUCCCCUCUGGAAACACAGUAUGUGAGGCUGUUUCCAGUGUCCUGCCGCCGGGGCUGCACCCUGCGCUUUGAGCUCCUUGGCUGUGAGUUGAAUGGAUCCUCUGUUCUGGACACAAGUGAUGAGCCAGCUGCCAAUCCAGGAGCACCUGCUACACUGCCCUCACCAGGCAAUGGAUGCUCUGAGCCUCUGGGUCUGAAGGACAACGUUAUCCCCGACAAGCAGAUCACAGCCUCCAGCAGCUUCAAGACCUGGGGCCUGCGUGCCUUCGGCUGGUACCCCUUCUACGGACGGCUGGACAAGCAGGGCAAGUUCAACGCCUGGACCGCCCAGAGCAACGAUGCUUCCGAGUGGCUGCAGGUUGACCUGGGUUCCCAGAAACAAGUGACAGGCGUCAUCACCCAGGGGGCUCGUGACUUUGGCCACAUCCAGUACGUAGCAGCCUACAAGGUGGCUUACAGUAAUGACGGUGUGAACUGGACCGAGUACAAGGAACACGGGGCUGUGGACAGCAAGAUCUUUCCUGGCAACUUGGAUAACAACUCCCACAAGAAGAAUGUGUUUGAGACGCCUUUCUUUGCCCGCUAUGUUCGCAUCCUGCCUGUGGCCUGGCACAACCGCAUCACCCUGCGCCUGGAGCUGCUGGGCUGUGAGCGGUAGGCCCGACCGAAGUAGUGACCGGAAGGGCCGUGGAGGCUGCUGGGCCACCUGCCCCUCCCAGGUGCUCCUGCCUCCUGUGGGCCUGGGCCUCUUCAGCACUCCUUCCUGAUUGUAGUGGGGCUGGGGGCAGGGAGGGCAGUGGGGCUUCAGAGAGGUGCCAACAGAUAGUCGCCCUCCCUCCCUCCCUGUCCUCACCCUCACCAUCCAGCUUCCACAGUCCCUGGCAGCCAGCCCUCCUGCCAUCUCAUUUUCUCAGGCACCGUGGAGUUGGGUAGGUCUGGGAUGGACAGGGAGGGGCAGGGUCAGGAGUGUGGGUUACCUACACCUCUCCAGAGUCCCCAACUGCAGGCUCUGGGUCGACUCUGCCAGGGUCGUCUUGAACUCCUUUCUGCACACCACACUCCCAUGUUCCCAGAGGAGGAAGCCGUGAUGCACGGCUUGGAAGUCACAGGCUGUUGCCCCAGGCCUGCCACUGCACCCACCUGGAGAUACCUCCCCACUUAUCUCCUUGGAGAUCCCUCUUGACCUUUGUCCUGAAGCCCUAGGAAGACAGAAGUGUGUGGGGGGGUCUGUAGAAAGAUGGGGGAGCCAGCUGGGCGAGGAGGUGGGCAGGCUGGCUGGGUGGGCAUGGGGGCCUCUGCUGGCUCUUCACCCCCGAGCACACAGGCAGCUUCCAAAAUAUAUUUGUAUUCUCCACUGGAA